UUUACCUGCCAUCUCUUAACCUCAUCUCCCUUCCAAGUCUUCAAACACAAUUUGAUCCCCCAAAAAAACCCUUCUUUUUUUCAUAACCAUCCGCCAUGGGAGGAGGAAAUGGCCAAAAAUCCAAGAUGGCACGUGAGAAGAACAUGGAAAAGCAAAAAGCUGCUGCGAAAGGAAGCCAGCUCGAGUCCAACAAGAAGGCCAUGUCCAUUCAGUGCAAGGUUUGUAUGCAGACAUUCAUGUGUACCACAACCGAGGUGAAGUGCCGGGAGCACGCCGAGAAUAAGCAUCCGAAAUCCGAUCUUUACGCUUGCUUCCCUCAUCUUAAAAAGUAAGGCAUCGAGAGAACCGGGACGUCGGCUUGUUGCAGACUUGCAGUGCAUGAUGCAUCUAUCUGUGUUGUAUGUAUCUCUUGGUAAUCUGUAAUUUAAGCUUCUUGAAUUCUCUUUCACAAGCCUGUAAAAACAAAACAAAACAACAACUCAACUGGAUGAUUUCACUCGUGCAAUCUUAAU